AUACUGGAGACACUUUUACGUGGAUCCUUCAGACUCGUUCUACUACCGCUGGCUGUUCGUCAUUUCCCUGGCCGUUCUCUACAACGGCGUCUUCAUCAUCGCCAGGUCGGUCUUCUGGGAACUUCAGGACCGGUACUACAUUCUGUGGCUGUGCCUGGACUACGUCAGUGACUUCAUCUACGCCUUGGAUAUCUUCAUACAGUUCAGGACAGGUUACCUGGAGCAAGGCCUUAUGGUGACAGACCCAGUCAAACUAAGGAAGAACUACAUGCGAACCAAAACCUUCUACAUUGAUAUGGCUAGCCUUCUACCAACAGACCUCUUUUACCUCCUCGUCGGAGGACUCGGCAUUCCCUACGUCAGGUUUAACCGUCUGCUGAGAAUCAAAAGAAUGCUUGAGUUCUUUGACAGGACCGAGACUCGAACCUCCUACACAAACAUGUGGCGCAUCCUUCAUCUGGUCCUCUAUAUCCUCAUCAUCAUUCACUGGAACGCUUGUAUAUAUUUCGCCAUCAGCGCUGCAAUAGGAUUUGGUUCUGAUGGCUGGGUGUACGCAAACUUGACCGGCCCGUAUAAAGAUUUGUCUAGGAAAUACAUUUAUAGUUUUUACUGGUCCACUUUGACGCUGACAACGAUUGGGGAAACGCCUCCUCCGGAGAAGGAUGAAGAAUUCCUCUUUGUGGUUGUCGACUUUCUGAUUGGUGUGCUAAUUUUUGCAACUAUUGUGGGUAAUGUUGGCAGCAUGAUUACGAAUAUGAAUGCGGCCAGGUCUGAGUUUAACCAGCGAAUGGACGGAGUUAAGCAAUAUAUGGAGUUUAGGAAAGUUAGCAAGGAAUUAGAGGAGAGAGUCAUAAAAUGGUUCGAUUAUUUAUGGACGAAUAAGCAAUCUUUAAAUGAAGAAGAAGUUCUUUCUGCACUUCCAGAUAAACUGAAGGCUGAGAUGGCCAUACAUGUACAUCUGGACACGCUGAAGCGAGUGGCUAUCUUCCAGGAUUGCGAGCCAGGGCUACUGGUUGAGCUGGUUCUAAAGCUGAGACUGCAGGUGUUUAGUCCUGGGGAUUACAUCUGCAGAAAGGGUGACAUUGGGCGAGAGAUGUAUAUUGUCAAGAGAGGGAAGCUUAGUGUGGUCGGCGAUGACGGGUCGACUGUUUACGCCACCCUGAGUGAGGGAAGCGUCUUUGGUGAGGUCAGCAUCUUGAACAUCGCUGGAAACAAGACCGGCAAUCGACGAACCGCCAACGUCCGCAGCCUGGGGUACUCCGAUCUCUUCUGCCUGUCCAAAGAAUCCUUGUGGGAUGCCCUCACAGAAUACCCUGAAGCCAAACGAAAACUGAUCGAAGCUGGAAGACAAAUUCUCAUGAAGGAUAAUUUACUAGACGAGGAGGCUAUGAGGAAAGCAGAAGAAAAACAAGAGACCGUGGAGCAGAGAGUGGACAGAAUUGAUUCUGCUUUGGAUAAUCUGCAGACACGUUUUGCUAGACUGUUAGCCGAAUUUCAUACAACACAGCAAAAAUUAAAACAGAGAAUGAGCAAGGUAGAAAAAGUGUUGACGCGAGAGGACGAUAUCUUAUCAAUAUACUCAAACAAUAAUCUACACAUUACUGGAACAACAUUAGAUUCCACAAAAAGUUAG